AUGAGGCUUGAACACAUGCUGUUACUUAGCCUUUCCCUCCAGGAUUGGGAGUGGGAAUGGGGUCACAAACGUAAAUGUCUAUGGAGUGAGGGAGUUACAUAUCUGAUGUUGAUGGGCAUAGUUCUCCUAUUUGCAGCGGAUUGUGAAUCUGAUCCUCCUGACUCGGUGUAUUUGCCAGCUGAAUUAAAAGUACUCAAUGGCUCAGAAUAUUUCCGUCUUCAGCGUACUGACCGUUAUUCACCAGGAAAUGCUUCCUUCAGCUCUCGCUCAGAGACGUUCCUCUUCCUUCAUCGUCGACUUGCAGGAAAACCCAGUAUCCAGGCUACCUACCUUCCUUUCACUGCCCAGCAGGAAUUUCCAACAGAUAAUUCCCAGUUCACAGGUUUCUCUACUACCUGGGACAUCCGUGCUGUAUCCAUUGAAGGCACAGUAUCUCCUUAUGAGCCCUACGCUCGUGUUCUUUUUCACCUCCAAGGGCAGGAUUGGAUGUCAAAACGACACCCCCUGCCUUGCGUCAGCCUGCAUGUCUUCCAUCAGGCCCAGGCUGUGCAUCGGGCCUGCCACCUUCAGGCUCCCCUGGGCAUGUGUGUGGUGGAACUAGAACUUCCCCCUCGCUGGUUCUCUCCUCCACUUGGCACUCUUCAUCGCAGAUCAGAGGAUUCAGUCACCCCAACUCUAAGAGCAGAGUUAUACUAUAGGCUGGAGGCCAUUCUACCUGGGAAAGUACACAGAGAGUGUCCCCAUGUGCGAACCCAGCAGAGGCCGCAUCCGGGUACAGAAAGCCCCAAGGAGCAGCUGCACUAUGUGGGCCCUGUGGAUAUCAGAGUGAUGAGCCCUCCACGGCGGCAGGAAGUGCGGUUGGAUGACAAUGUGAUGGUCCGAGUACCUGACACAGCCCUGCGCCCAGGACAGCUUUUCACUGCCACUCUCAUUCUGCAACAGAACUUCACAGCUGAUCUGCUGACUCUCCGAAUCAAGGUAAAGAAAGGGUUACAGGUUCUGGCUGCUCGCCCCACCAGACCAGAGGCUUGGACGGCAAAGCUGGACAAGUUCAAGAGUGCCAAACACCACACGGCUUUGAUCACUUGUCGUCGUUCUUCUGGCAGUGGGUUGGAGUGGAAGGCAGCAGAUUCUCCAGAGUUCCUAUAUUUGGAUUUUCUUGUGGAGAAUGGUACAGGUGCUCUGGCCGCUACACGCCCUGUUACCUGGCAAGUGGAGUACCCUGGCCAGGAUCCUGAGGCUGAGAAGGACAAGAUGGUGUGGGAGAUCCAAGUAUCGGAGAGAGAUGUACGGGCCUUGGUUCCAUUAGUAAAGGAGCAGGAAAUUGUGAACACUGCACUCCUCACAGGAAUCCCCCAAUCUGUGCCUGUGAGGCUGGUUGUGGUUGAAACAGGAGGAGCUGUAUCGGAAGUAACACAGCAGAUGGGAUGUGAAUCCUCUAAUAAGCAGGUCCUUCAGGUUUCAGAUGUAUGUGAUGCUGUCUAUGUAGGAGGAAAAGAGAGCCGAGGGGCACGGGGUGUACGGGUGGAUUUCUGGCACCGACGCCUGCAUGCAUCAUUACUCUUUACUGUCUGGGCUCCACUUCUGCCUUUGCGUAUUGAGCUAACCGAUACCUCUUUGGAGCAAAUACGAGGCUGGAGGGUAUCUGGCCCAGUGUCUGAGAGUCCAGCAGAACCAGAAGAGGGUGGAGAAGAAGCUGAGAGGAGAGCACGUGGCUGUCGGCUCCAAUACCAGCGUGCGGGGGUCCGUUUCCUCACCCAUUUUGUAGCUCACCCUCUAGAGGGUGGACGUCACCUGACCUACAUGCCAAGCUCUGAUUGGCUGCUGGAUGUUUCGCAUCUGGUGCAGAAGCAUGCUAGAAUCCAAGACCCUCGAAUAGCAACACUGGAAGGUGGGAAAGUGGUGGUUGGCCGUGAAAUAGGAAUGACCUCUGUGGAGGUGCGUUCUCCUGUUUCCGAUUCUAUCCUGGGGGAACAGACUCUGGUGGUGUCAGAAGAGAAAGUCUCAGUUUCAGAGCUGCAGGCCCAGCUGGUAUCAGGUCUACAAUUGACAGUGUUUGCAGAACCAGGACAUCCAAAUGUUUUCACUGCAGUGUGCCAGGGCCUUUCUGCUCUGCAUUCCCUGAAACAGGAAGCAGUUCUGAGCAUCUGGUUGGUAUUCAGUGAUCACACCUUGGCUCCAGUAGAGCUUUAUGGCCGGCGGGAUGCAUCUCUCUUGCUUUCUUCCUUGAAUCCUGAUGUAGUAUCAGUGCGGCUGGAAGAGGAACAUGCUUACCCAGUGAUCAUUGCUGAAGGCCCAGGCCAGGGGUCCCUCCUGCAGCUCAGCCUACAUUCCCCAGACUCUUGCCGCAAGGGGAAACAUAAGGCUCCCCUUUCCCAGGGGACAGCAUGGCUGGAAGUGAACUUUGGCUGGCACCUCCUGACCACUAAGAGCCCACAGCAAGAAGAUCUCCAUCUACAUGGUAAGGCCCCCUUUCGGCGAGCAGAAGGUGCCAUGUCAGGUGAAGCAGUGACCGUUGCAGCUAUCACAGAGAAUGGCAGAGGUUCAAGAAGGCGUGGCCCAGUAGCACGAGGGCCGCCGAUGACCAAAUUUGAGGGAGCUGAUGUUAGCUCCUAUGAGGAUAUUGAACAAGUGGAAGAAGUAGAGGAAGAUGAGAUGGUGAAGGCACCUGCAAGGGUGACAGAUCUAGAGAUUGGAAUGUAUGUCCUCCUGGGAGUUUUCUGUCUGGCCAUCUUUAUCUUCCUCGUCAACUGUGUGGUCUUUGUCCUUCGUUACCAGCACAAGGAACCUCCUGAUGCUGGAUCAGGUCCAGCCUCUUCUGCCCAGCAGCCUCACAAUUGGGUCUGGCUAGGCACUGAUCAGGAGGAUCUUAGUCGGCAGCUGGAUCUGUGCAAGCAACACUGCAAAGACCAGCCUCGGGGCCCUUCUAGUACCAACGAGGGGUACUCUUGCUGUGCAGGGCCAGAAGGAACUUUGGAAGCUUUGGCCCCAGAGGCCCCAGCUCCAUUACCAGAGCCAGAAACAGGGGUCUCUGCUAAUAAUUUGGGCCUGACUACACCAGGGAACCCAGCACUGACCAGCACCUUGUCCAGGAAGAAAGAGGGCAGGGAUGUGGGUGGCCGGCGGAAGCGUGUAGAAUUUGUGACCUUUGCUUCACCGUCCAACUCCGCUCCAAGCCCCCCUGCUUCUGGACCAGUAGUUCAGUCCAUCCUGGUAGCCAGUGAAGAUGACAUUCGUUGGGUGUGUGAGGACAUGGGGCUGCAUGAUCCAGAUGAGCUGCGCAGCUACAUGGAAAGGAUUCGAGGUAGCUCCUGAUCUGCC